AUGGCAACCCCGCCAGUCUCAGUUGUCUGCGUCGGGAUGGCAGGCUCUGGCAAGACGACAUUCAUGCAGAGAAUCAACUCCUACCUCUACAGCCAGAAGAAGCCUCCAUAUGUCAUGAAUCUCGAUCCAGCAGUGCAUUCGGUUCCGUUUGAGAGCAAUAUCGACAUACGAGACUCUAUAAAUUACAAGGAGGUCAUGAAGCAAUACAAUCUUGGGCCUAAUGGCGGCAUUCUCACAUCUCUAAACCUCUUCGCCACGAAGAUCGAUCAAAUAAUGGCAAUUCUUGAGAAGCGCGCAUUACCACCUACCACCCCAGAGCAACCCUCAGCCCCUAAGCAGAUGGAGCAUAUCCUUGUGGAUACGCCAGGCCAGAUAGAAGUGUUUGUGUGGAGUGCGUCUGGCAGCAUCCUCCUUGAAUCGCUGGCGUCUUCCUUCCCGACAGUUAUCGCAUAUAUUAUCGACACGCCACGGACGAGUUCUACAAGCACAUUUAUGAGCAACAUGCUUUAUGCAUGCAGUAUUUUAUACAAAACAAAACUGCCUAUGAUCCUAGUUUUUAACAAGACUGACGUGAAGGAUGCUGAGUUUGCGAAAGAAUGGAUGACGGACUUUGAGAAAUUCCAGGCUGCCCUGGCAGAGGAGGAACAACAUGGCGCAUUCGGCGGUGGUGAAGGCGGCACAGGCGGAGUUGGGGGUGGUAGUGGAUAUAUGGGCUCAUUCUUGAACAGUAUGAGCUUGAUGCUUGAGGAGUUUUACCACCAUCUGAGCGUCGUGGGGGUCAGCUCCAUGACGGGAGACGGGGUGGAUGAGUUUUUCGCUGCGGUGGAAGAAAAGCGCAAAGAAUUUGACCGCGAUUACAAGCCGGAGCUCGAGCGGAAGCGAGAACAGAGAGAAAAAGAAAAGCUGGAGAGACGAGAUAUCGAGCUCGGGAAGUUGCUCAAAGAUAUGAAUGUCUCGAGCCAUUCGGCCUCGUCCAAAGAGAAAGGGGAUCCGGUUGAGACCAUCUCAGACGCUGAAGAUGACGACGAUGACGAGGAGGACGAACGUCCUGGCCAGCGAGACGACGAUGGGCUCUCCCAGCGGUAUAGUAAGGCUUUGGCUGACUCUGGAGAAGGAGGGACGGAGGAUAGCAGCUUUGCGCGGUAUCUAAAAUCAUCCAACUUAGGAUAA